ACAGCCUGACGCAGCAAGCAAUUGGUCGGCCGCCGUGCCGAUCACGUCCAGCGUAACCAUAUUAGGUUGAGGCCAAGAUUCCCUGGCGGUCGCCGGGCUGAAGGCAAGUUUGGUAGACGCGAAGGGAGUCGAGGCAUUUGUGACCAAAGUUAAGUGGGAUGAGAAAAAUGAAAUAAAAUCACCGUAGAAAGAAUUUCCAAUCGGCAAAAAAAAAAAGCAAAACCGAGUGAUCUUUGUAGACCCCCCCCCCCCCCCCCCCCGUCAAAAAAAAAAGAAAAAGGAAAAACACAAGAAUAAAAGCCUCAACUACUGAGGGAGCGACCUCAGAAUAAUAAGACAGCACGUUCAGAACGCGGUUGUACUUAAGAUGGCCGACUUCAAUCUGAUUGAUGCACUACAUGAAACUACACCCAGUGUUGAAAUGGAAAUAAAGAGGGAUUUCAUUUCUUCUCUGGAGGCAGAAAAAUAUGAAGAUGUUGUUAGAGAAAGCGUGACAAAAGAAAGUUAUAUUCCAUUGCUGGAUGAUGAGACAAAAUUACCUCCUUCAGAUGCUGAUGGCAAAGCAUUACACGUGUAUGCAGAAACUGAACAAGCAACAAAUGGACGACAAUUGGCAGAACGUUCUGAAGCAGGUGAACAAGGACCAGGGAAGUUGCCCAAUGGGGAGCAUGGUGGAGGACAAGCCGAUAGCACAGAAAUGCACUACUUUCCAGCUGGCGAGGAAGUGUUGUAUUUUGGUAAUAAACAUCACGAAGAAGGGAUAGUUAUGAAUAUGAUAUCGCAGUCAGCACAGAUGAGCACAGAAUCUCCCUUCAGUGUUCUUGAGACAAUGGAAAGACCAGGUGCAGAGGAGCAAAUGAAGCUUGAACCCAUGCGAUCUCCUGCACAUGAAAUGAAGAGCCCAACAUUGUCUUGCCACGAACUGCACCACCUAAACUCUCCGACUGAAGGUACAGAAGAGCCAACAUUUGAAGAAAGCCCAGAAGUGACCCAGCUUUCUUUUGAAGAAAUGGCUUCUCAGCAAGGGGAAAUGCUUGAUACUACUCUUGAAACCAGAGAUUCCAUGGCUGCUGUUACAGCACCCUUAGCAUUUGAAGAAGACCUUUGCGGUUAUCAGGAGGAAGUCACGAACAGCAGCAUGACACUUUCACCAGCAGAGGUGGAAUCCAUUACAGACCUUGAAGGAAAUCUGCAAGUAAAGCAAUUAGAACAAGACUUGGAAAGGGUUGAAUUGCCACUGACUCCAUCUCAACAGCGCAUGGAGUCAGCACAGGAAACAGAAGAAGAACUUGGUAUACCAUUGACCAGCAUGACUCAAGUUGAAACAUCUUUCUACUCUGUAGACUGCAGCAACCCAGCUCUGAGCAGUGCUGCCAUAAUUGACCAUCACUUUCUGUCAAAGAUGAUGACAACAGAGGUCACUGUUGAUGCUCAAGUGCCAGCCCCAACAAACAUCAUGCUGAACGCCCAGCAACAGGAGAACUUUGGCCAUGGCACUGAAACUCCUGUCUUCACAGAUCCAUUCCCACCCUCCUGCAGAAACAUUGAUACUCCGACGGGACUUACCAGCACCACCUCAAGCACCGUUAUACCAGUUACUGAAGCUUCACCUUUGGAACCUGCCAAGUCUGCAGAUGAAGUAAGAGAAAUCGCCCAAGCCAAAGAAUCCCAAGUAGUCAAAGUGGCGGUGGAGAAGAAGAAGAAAAAGAAAAAGCGUUCCCAUCCCAAGGCAUCUCAACCCGUAGUAGAUGUGCCAUCUAAAGCUAAAGAUGUUCAUCGAAUUAUUUCUGAUCAGCGGCUAGAAGAGCUGCCCUCCGGAGGGAUACAAGAGCACAAAGAAAUGGUUGUUAACACUGAGAAGUCAUGUAAGGAGAUGCCAGGGAUGAAGGUAAAAGCGCAACCGGCGGAUAACGUGCCAAGUGCUUGGAUAGCAGGAUAUGCCGGAGAAAAAAUGGCUUCAGUCCCUUUGCCGAAUACUAAAACCUCUUCCGAGUGGCCUCAGUCAGCAGGAAGAGAGAGCCAAAGAGUAGAGGUAGCUUUGUCAAAGAGCGCAUCGCAGGUGAAGUCAAUUUCAGAAGUGGAAUGGACUGAGCACCCUUUGGAUUCCUGGAGCAGGGAGAUUAGCUCCCCUAAAUUUCUCCAAAAGUGUGAAGUAGAAGAGGUGCUACAGCCUUCUUCAGAAAAAUGCAGCGAUGAAACUGCUUCCUGCAAGUCUCAGGAAAAGUCUGAGAUGGACAGAUUAGCACUGACUUCGCUGGAACUUGGGGAUGUAGAACAUGCUCCCCCUGAGUCAAGGAAAGCGCCUGAACUGAAGGAGAUGGAAGUGCCUAUCCUUGAACAAGUAGAUCCAAAAACUGUUCCCUCCGAGACAAAGCAAACACCUGAAGUGGGUGAAAUAGUCCAGACUCCCCUGGAAAACACAAGUAGGGAAAUGACUGCCCCUGAGCUGCAGAAAGUGGAAGAAGUUGCACAGACCAACUCGCAACUUGAAGGUGUAGAAAAUGCUUCCCAGGAGUUGCUGCUAUCAUCUGAGGUAAAAGAAAUAGCAGAAACCCUUACUGAAAAUCUAGAUAGAGAAACAACUUCUCUUGAAUGGAAGGAAGUGCCUGAGGUAGCAAAGGAGAUAGCAAAUCCUUGCUUAGAAAACAUUGUUAAACAAAGUACUCCUUCUCUCCCCGAGUGCAUGUCUGAGGUGAAGGAGAUGAUUGAGAACUCUGUUAGUGGAAAAGUUACUCCCCCUGAAUCAACUGAAACAUCUGAAGUGAACAGGACAGCAGAGAUGCCUCUGCAUCAAACGCGUGGAGAAAUAGGUAGCCUUGACUCCCAGCAAAUGCCUGUGGUGGAUAUGUCAGAGAUGGUUAUAGAAAAUGUAGAUACUUCCCUUGAAUCAAAUACGUUGCCUGAGGUGAAGGAUGCAGAUGGAAAUUCUCUAGAACUAGUUGCUAGACAAACUAUUCCCCAACAGUCAGAGGAAACAUCAGUAGAGACAAAGUUAGCAGAAAGCCCUUCACACUGUAUGGGUAGAGAGGCAGAUACCCUUGAACUAGCGCAACAGCCGGAGGUAAAGGAGGUAGAAAAGAGCCCUCUGCAGCAUGGGAAUGAAAUGGGCGCACUUGAGUUCGAGCAAUCGACUGAGGUGAAGGAGAUAGAGCAUCCACUGACAAAAGAACCAGAGAUCCGUGAGUCACAUCAAACAUUGGAGGUAACGGAGGUGAUAGAACAUAUGAAUGCAGAAACAACUCUCCCUGAUUUACAGCAUAGUACUGAAGAGAAGUUCGCUCUGGAUGAACCUAGUGAAUUUACACCCACUGAAACGCAGCAGAAAACUGAGGUGAAAGAGCCUACCCAGAGUCCACUAGAAUGUCCGAGCAGUGAGACUACUGCUCCAAAGUUACAGCAACCUUCUGAGGAGCUUGAGAAGGUGGAGGCUCCUCUGGAAUGUCAAACUGAAGUCAGAGCCUCGGAGGGCACCGGCCACGUUGCUCCCCAAUCACUGAAGCACGAAGCACCAAAACAGCUGGAUGACAACGAGGAGAAAGGUCCAAAGUCACCUUUGAGAAAAGGAGGUGCAAAACCUCUCCAAAAGCGAGGCCCUACCAAAGGUAUUUCACAGAAGGAGAUUGGUGUGAAAAUGACCUCUGAGCAGCACAGGGCCUUGAAGGCCCCGGUGCACCCGAAGGUCACGAAGGCACCGAAUCAACGAGUGGGAGUUGGUGAUGAUCCUCUGGAACCAAAGGAGAUUGGAAAUGUAUGUGCACAGGCUGAUCAGGGGCAUCUGGAUAAAGGUCCUCGUCCAGAUGAAGCUAAACCCAAGGAAGCAGUGACAGGGGUCCUGACCAAAACAGAGACUGCUGCAGUCUCCAAAGAACACCCAGCAACCCCUGAUACAAAAGGAAAGGUGGGCACACUGACUACAAAGACCUUAACAGCCAAAACUAAACCACAGCCUUCAGCUUCCCUUAAGCGACCUGCUGCAGCUGCUCCAAGCCCCAAUAAAAAACCCAGUACAACCACUCUGACGGCAGCUACCACUUCCAAACGACUUCCUCCUAGUCUGGCGCGGUCUUCUUCUGCGAACACCAAAGAUGUGAAACCAAAGGCAACUGAUGCCAAGGGUACAAUGAAGCCCUCUUCAUCGAGGCCACAAUCGGCAGCUGUCACUAAAACAGCCAGUAACACAUCUGUUAAGAGCAGUACAACAUCCCUGCAGAAAGCGGCAACCACCACUGGGUCAACUCCGAAAAGUACCACACUUUCUACCCCAAGAAGACCAACAUCUAUCAAAACUGAACCAAAAUCUGGAGAAAUGAGGAAGUCUUUGUCGGCAAAGUCUCCCCUGGGUGAGACGGGUCGCCCGAAGACUACUUCCACCACUUCUAUUAAGAGUAGCGGCACUACCCCAAGUUCGCCGAGCACACCUCUUGGUGUGAAUAGUCCAGGAACUCCAUCGUCUAACAUCACACGGGCACCUAGAACGCUGGCUCUGAAGACAACAGCUGCUUCUGAGGCUAAGAGAGUGGCGCCGAUCCCGCGCACACCCCCAAAGCCCACUGUAGCACCCGCUCCAAAGCAACCUCGGCCAACUAGUGCCCCAGCUCCCGACCUAAAAAACAUCAAGUCCAAAAUCGGAUCCACAGAUAACAUGAAAUAUCAGCCUGGAGGGGGAAAGGCUAAAUCAGUAGAGAAAAAACCCGAGCCGGUAAGAUUGAACCGAAAAGUUGAGCCCAGCACUCCGAUUCGAGUAGCUAAAACCACAACCGCGAAAGAUAACCAAAAACAAGCCAAUGGCAAAGUCCAGAUUCUGAACAAAAAAGUUGACUACAGCCAUGUGCAGUCCAAGUGUGGCUCGAAGGAUAAUAUUAAGCACAUUCCUGGUGGAGGCAAUGUGCAAAUUCCAAAAACCAAAGGGGAAACGAGUCGAGCAGCAUCAAAGUGUGGGUCCAAGACCAAUCUGAAACACAAAGCAGGCGGUGGUGAUGUGAAGAUUGAGAGCAGCAAGACUGAUUACAAAAACAAAGCCGAAUCCAAAAUUGGGUCCUUGGACAACCUCAACCAUACUCCAGGAGGGGGCAAUGUGAAGAAUGAGGGUGAAGAAGAAUCAGAAUCAGCAACGAUCAGUCAGGCUCCAGAAAAUGGGGAUCUGACAGGACAAGCUGAGAGUGGGACACAGCAAAAUGGAGUAGGGGUGGACCCACCUGCCGGGUCUGACGAAACUCUCAGCCAAGAGUUACAAAUGCAGGAGACAUAUUGAAUCUCACAAGCUGAUGUUCCGUGAGAAUGCCAAGGCCAGGACAGACCACGGAGCAGACAUUGUGUACAAAUCCCCCGUUUCAGACCACACCUCGCCUCUCUGCAGCACAUCACUAACUGAAAGCCUCAGCUCCCUUGGAUCUCUGCAGCUUGCUAUCCCUGCUGGAAACCCGUCUGCCAAUCUAGCACAGCAGAGCUUGUGAAUUUAUUCUUUCUUCUUAUCUUCAUGUUUGUUUCAAACUACAUUUAACAAAAACAAGAGGUUUAGCAUCAUUAACAGGAUUUGUGCUUUGAAAGGGAUGUUCCUAUUGAGUUAUUUCGGGGGCUGGGGAACCAUGUUUUAAAAAAAAUCCAUGUAACUGCUGCACACACACCCUUGCGUGAUAGAUGCCUGCUAUUUUAGAAUAAGAUAAUGGGCUUGAAUGGAGCCAGUAAAUCCAACACUGGAUUGUAGACUGGUUGGGAGCAUGAAUUCAUCAUCUAAUCAUCAGGUUUGUCAGAUACAGUAGAUGGAUAUAGGGAAUUAAAAAGCACCCUAACCCCACCCCAAAUAUUUUCCCCUACGUCCUCAAAUGGCUUGAAGGGAAUAUUUAAUUUUUUACAAAUUAUUUCCCCCAGGUGUUAGUCUUUGCAUUUUCCUCCUGCACUCCAGAGACGUAAUCGACCUGCAGCCUGCCCUUGCAUUGGCAGCAGCUGUGAAUCUUGCUUUUCUUUGAGGGAUUUUGCUCUUUUCCCAAAGUCUAAUAACCUGCGCUGCUCUGAAACCACCCAUUCAUAUUGUUAAACCUUACCCUGCUGUACAUUUAGUCUCUACUUAUUGGUCCCCAUUUCCCUGUAAAUAAAGUAAAAGUCACAAAUAUAAAUCAUUUGAACACACUGAAUUUGCACACUCGGAAUGGACAGGGCAGAAGUGAGUUGGUAAAGAAUCACUAAAAACAUGAAAGUUUAAAAAAGUGUUUGAUGUGAGCAAUGUUCAAGCCUCAGCGGUCUGUUGCCUAAGAUACUUUUUUAUAGAAAAUGCAAUCAUUAUCUUUCCCGAGGGUUUUAUUUUACAGCAUAGUUUCUGUCGGUACCAGUCAGUCCAUUACCAUGCAGCUUGGUAUGGAGUUCAGAAGUUGUUCAUCAUUCCUUGCCCUUUUGUGCACAUACAAAUAGACCUGUAUAAUCUUGCACCAUGGAAGAAAGCUAUUCAGCCCCAGUAAAUUCAUGCUAACUCUUAGCACGAGGUUCAUUCCCCAUGACCCCAUAUCUACCUUUAAUUCUUGCCCCCACCCUUGUUGCUGCAGGGCAGACGUCAGAGACUAGGUCUGAAAUUGAACCCUAGGAAGAUUGGAUCAAAUGAACUACUUCUGAGAGCUGUGCAGAAAUACAAAUGUUGGCAUUAACUAGUCAGUUGCUAGGAGGCUAGGUGAGAAUACUUUACCAACCAGUACAUUUAAUCUUGACCUGAACUCUUGUUAUUUCCCUGGAGCAAAGUGAUCCAUUCUGACUGAAUUCUUGCAAUUUCCCCACGAUCUCUGGGCAUAGCCUUGUCCUUUCAUAAUCUACAUCCUGCCUUUGUUGAGGGCAGCACUAACUUAAAGGGAAAGGGGGGGGAAUAAAAGCAAACUGGGUAGAUGGUGA